UGUACUUUGUAGAGUAAGGUAAGAUGUCCAUUGUGCUUUAAGUCUGACAUGAUAUUACUGUAAAAAAAAAAUCUCCUCGCCACAUCCCGGUUGAUUUUGAUGGAUUACCAGAAGUUGAAUCUCUAAACGGACGAUAAGGGAACUUUACGAAAAUGCCAUUACAUGGGAAAAUAGUUGUGAUUAAAAGGAGUGGAGGAGAUGGGACUGAGUUUCCACUAACUGCAUCAUGCUUAUUUGGAAGGAAGCCUGACUGUGACAUUCGUAUUCAGCUUCCUCAGGUCUCCAAGGAGCACUGUAGGAUUGACUUAAAUGAAAAUAAAGAGGUCAUUUUGACAAAUCUGAGCUCAGUGAAUCCAACUCGUGUUAAUGGGGAGGUUUUGCAGCAGUGUGAACGUUUGAAACAUGGUGAUGUUAUAACUGUCAUUGACCGUUCUUUCAGGUUCGAGUAUCCUCCAGCACCCACGCCAAAGAAGAGGUCCUCCACAGGUGGCAAAACUGAGACCCUCAAAGUUCUUCAAGACCAGCAAGUGGGAGACAGUGUCCCCUCUGAAACAGGAGAAAAAAGGAUCUCUGAGGUAUCAGCAGACCCUCAUCUAAAAGAUGGAACUAACAAUGACAAUAUCCAGCGAUGCCUGGAGAAAACUAUGGAGUUGGAGAGCAAGGAGGAAGGGAGCAAGACUGCUUCCCCCUUCAACGACCUGUAUCAAAUGAUCAAAAAAUCUCUGGAUGUCAAGACUCCUCGGAAGUCUUCUGCCAGUCUGCUUCAAACACCAACCUCUAGGUUUUGCACUCCAAAGCCUGCUUCAGUUCGGAAGAGUGAUGGGAAACCUGUCCUUUCCACAGAAGACAAGAGCACCCCUAAAAAGGAAGAGGAUAAGGUCUCUGCAGCUGAUGAAGUUAAGACAGAAGUUGAAAAUGAAAACAAUGGGACCCCAGAGUCUGUUAAGAAGCAGAGGAGGUCAAUGCAGACUCCUUCUCCACCCAGGCCUGAUGAGAAUUCUUCCAAAUCAGAAACCUCUCCGCAGAAGAGAAUCCGUACACCCCCUCAAAGGUUUACUGUGGGUGAAGUUAUCGAGCAAAUCUGCUCUGAGUCUCCCAAAUCACCUAUGAGAAGGAAAAGCAAUGAGGCAACACCAGUCAAACCAACAGUGACUAAUGAAAAGGAAGAGAAAGUUGAAAAAGUGAAAGAAAUGUCCAAAAAACGCAAAAGUGGAGAACUUGAUGCUGACCUGCCGAAAUCCCAACUGAAGAAGAAACGCGUUUCUUUUGGAGGUCAACUGAGUCCUGAGUUGUUCGACAAGAGGCUUCCUCCAGACUCUCCGUUACGAAAAGGAGCCGCUCCUCGAAGAAGCUUGGGGGUGUAUAAGCCAAAACAGUCUCUCCUCAGAAGAACAUCAGUCAUCGGCCUGCUGAAGGAGUUUGACCAAGAGCAGAGUCCUGCAAAAAUGAAAACUCCAUCACCUAAGAAGUCAUCAAAUGCCAAGAGUGCAUCUCCUAAGACUCCUACACCUGCAAAGAAGUCACCCAAAUCCAGUUCUCCUUCUCCCAAGAAAGUAGCAACUCUUGCAAAGGCAUCACCCAAAUCAAGAUCUCCUUCUCCAAAAGCAGCAAUUCCUGCAAAGGCAUCACCCAAAUCCAGAUCCCCUUCUCCUAAAAAAGCAGCAACUCCUGCAAAGGCAUCACCCAAAUCCAGAUCCCCUUCUCCUAAAAAAGCAGCAACUCCUGCAAAGGCAUCACCCAAAUCCAGAUCCCCUUCCCCUAAGAAAGCAGCAACUCCUGCAAAGGUAACACCCAAAUCAAAAUCUCCUAAAAUAGUGACUCCUGCAACCAAAACUCCGAAAUCCAAGUCUCCCUCUGCCAACAAAAUGGAAACUCCCAAGAACACCGUACAGACUCCCACAGUUCAGGGGCGCUUCUCUGUGUCACACAUCAGCACACCAUCGCCAGUAGCAGAAGAAGCUGUCACUGAAGAGGGGUCUUCAUCCAAUGUUUCUCCUAAACUACCUCUUAGGAGGAAGAGUAUUGCAAGGAAGACUCCAAAGAUGAUGAAGAGUGCUGUAAAAGCAAUGGUCAGAAGAAGUGGCAUUUCACGUGCAUCUCUGAAAGCCAAAAACUCCUGGGCCGAUAUUGUGAAAUUUGGACAACCUAAGGUUCAAGUGCCCGCUCCGGCUAAAAAAACAGUCAUCAAGAAAACGAAGAAGGCAGCUGUGCCCAAACCACAGACCCCUGCCAGAGCUCUUCCUGGACACGUCAGCACUGGACAUGCCUGUUCGCCCGUCACCAUUGUUGUGAGCAGAGCUCAAAAACAGAAGGUGAUCCAACCAACUGGCGCUGCUCCACGUCUGGUCGCCAACAUUGCUGUUCUGAAAAAGAACAUGAAAAUGGAUGAGGACUUAUCUGGAGUUUCCGAGAUGUUUAAAACGCCUGUUAAUGAAAGGAAGAGGAGGUCUGUUAUAGAUGAGAGCAGUGCCAUGAAGACACCAGUUAGAGACAUAGAAACUCCUUUGGUAGAGCCAUCUGUGCUGAACACACCAGAGGGACCAGGUGAGAUGAUGGUGUCCCCACUGACUGUUUCCUCUACAGUCAAAGACAGACAGUACAACAGUGAGGCAGUCCAUCGCCUCCUGGAUGGAGAUGAAGAGUCAAGUUUUGUUUCUGCCUCAGAGACUACCUCUGAUGAUCCUACAGAGCAGCAGAGCACAGAAUUGAAGACUACCCCAAUAUCAACUCCCAAACAGAAACCAGAAUUACCUGAUUGUCUGACUGGAGUCAAGAGGAUGAUGAAGACGCCAAGGCAGAAAUCUGAACCUGUUGAGGACCUGAGAGGGAGACUUCUAAAAACUCCCAAACAGAAGCCAGAAAUGGCAGACUGUCUAACUGGAGUCAAGAGGGUCAUGAAGACACCAAAACAGAAGGCAGAAGCUGUUGAAGACCUGAGAGGAAGACUUUUGAAAACUCCCAAACAGAAAGUGGAACAGCAGGAAUGUCUCACUGGAGUCAAGAGGGUCAUGAAGACCCCAAAACAGAAAGCAGAGCCAAUUGAAGAUCUAAGAGGGAAGGUUUUAAAAACUCCCAAGCAGAAACCUGAAGAACAAGAAUGCCUUAGUGGAGUGAAGAGGAUCAUGCAGACCCCACAACAGGAAGCUGAACCUCUCGAAGACAUUAAAGUCAAACUUCUGGAGACUCCCAAAGCUCCAGAGACUGGCAAUGCUAGCAUGGAGACACCAGCAAAUGUCCAAGAAUCUGACAGUGUUGCUGAAGUGACAGAAAUGAAAACUCCAAACGUCAAGAGCUCCCCACAGGUCAGUCUAACUGGUAUCAAGAGAAUCAUGAAGACACCCAAAGAAAUGGGUACUCCAGUUGAAGAUAUGGUUGGUGUGAAGAGACUCCUGAAAACUCCCAAAGAGAAGGGUGAGCCUGUGGAGGAGAACCUUGGUAUCCAGAGACUCAUGAAGACUCCAAGGGUGAGGGGGAACAAACCAGUGGAAGACUUUGAGGGACUUCAAGGGCUCAUGGAGGAGCCACAGACUGAUACCACAGGACAGCAGGAGACUCAGGAGGUUGAAGGUGACAAUGCGCCGGACUGUGGUGAAGAAGUUGCAAAAGAACUAGACUUGGCUUUGGAAGACCCACAAGAUGACGUGCCAGCAGUGAUCAGUGACAGUCCUGAAGCUGAGACGGAAAAAGAAGGAGGUGUGAAAGAAGUUGUCACUGAAAGCCUCCCAGAAGAGAAACCAAGAGAUGAUGAAACAUCAGAUGUCAUGAAAAUGGUUUCUCAGGGAGCUGGUGAUGAGACUGCACCAGAGGAGCACCCUGAAGUGGAUACAGCUGAUGAGAAUUUGUCCGAAGAACAACCUAAACUGGAGACUGCAAUUGAUGACCUCACAGAAAUGGAAAGGUCUGCCACAGAUCUUGAGCCUGAAGGUGCUGCAAUGGACAGUUUACCUAAAAUGGAGGCAACCAGUGAUGUAGAUAUGGAAAAAACCACCAAGGAUCCUGAGCCUGAAGCCCCUGUGGUUGAGAGUUCACCUGAAAUAGAGGAGGCAACCCUCAGUGUCACAGCAAUGGAAACAACCACCAAGAAUCCUGAGCCACAAACGCCUGUAUCUGAGACUGUACCUGAAGUGGAGGACGUAACUUCUGGUGCCACAGAAAAGAAAGAGACCCCCUCUGAUCCAGAAUCAGAGAAGCCUGUUAGAGACAGAAGACCAAAAAUGGUUAAAGCAGCAGAGAAAAAACAAGAAGUAACAGAACAACCAGAUGAGCCUGCCGUCACUGCCCCAGUGAGAGGAAGAAGAGGAAAGAAAACUGAAGCUUCUGCUGCUGCCCCUGCUGUGAGACAAACGACAAGAGGAAGAAACACAAGAACAAUUGAGAGCUUUGAUGCUGAGCCUGCCGUGGAGAAAAGCGAGUCUGUGCCAUCUGAAGCUGCUGUCAAGCCUAAAAGGGGAAGAAAUGCCAAAAAGGCUUCUGAGGACAAAGCUGAAAUUAUCCAGGAGGUUUCCACUGAAACUAAAGCAGUGCCAGAACCAGAGUGUGAACAGAGCCCUCCAGCAGAGAUCGGCCAGGAUGCAAGUGUCAGUUUAGCACCUGUGGAGAAGACUGUGGUGAAGCCAAGGAGAGGGAGAAAAGCCAAACAACCUGAACAAGCAGCUCCAGAACAGACUGAAGAAGUCUCUGCACAAAGUGAUGAUAUUAAAGCACCUGAGAGUUUACCCAUAGUGGAGGAGGCAACUGCAGAUAUCUCAGAAAAGGAACAGGUCCCCACAGAUCCUGAACUUGAGAAGAAGCCUGUUCGUGGAAGAAGGGCAAAAGCAGUGAAAACGGCAAAGCAGAAACAAGAAACAACAGAACAACCUGAGGAGCCUGCUGUUCCCGUAGUUGACACGGAGAAAGAAACCAAUGUCAGUGAAGUCAUCAGUGAGCAGGUAGACUUGGUACCGAGUCAAAGUGAUGAAAAUAAAUCAUCUGAAGCCAUGGAAGCUGUUCUAGAGGCCCCUGUCACUGAAAGUUCACCUGAAGUGGAGGCAGAAGCUCCCAAAGUCACAGAAGAGGGCGCAGCUGUUGUUCAGAAGAAACCUAUUCGUGGAAGAAGAGGAAAAACAGUUGAAUCAAAGGUUGAGGAAAUGCCACAAGAUGCCAAACAACCUGAAGAGCCCAUCAUCUCUGCUCCAGUCAGGGGAAGAAGAGGAAAGAAAACUGAAGCUGCUGCUCCAGUUGCUGUUAGACAGACAACAAGAGGAAGAAAUACAAAGACUAAAGAAAGCCCCUCUGAAGAGCAACCUGAAGUUGUGCCCGAAAAACCUGAGGAAGCAACACAGAUAACUGAAGUUACCUCUGAAGUCAUGACUAAGCAAAAAGAUGCUCUUCAACAGGAGAAAAUCUCUGCACCCCCUGCACUGGAACUCGCAGUAAAGCCUACCAGAGGGAGGAAGAAUAAACAAACACCUGUUGAGCAGCCAGAGAAAAUUGAAACACCAGUUGAGCAGCCAGAGAAAAAUAAAGUUCCUAAUGAUGAGCAGCUAUCGGAUAAGGCUGAACCACAAAACUCAGUCUCUGCUGUUGUGAAACCCAGAAGAGGGAGGAAGACCAAAGCUGACCCAGCUCAACAAAUUGAGGAGGCACAAGACGUGACUGCCACUGUGGAGACCAAACGGCCAGCUCCAACUCCAGUCCGGGCUAAGAGGGGAAGAAAUAUUGAGCAGGAAGGAGAAAAGCAUGAUGGCGACAAGGUGUCUGAAUCUCACGAGCCUGCCAAAAAAGUAAAGAGAACCAGAAAGGCAGAGCCGAUCCAUGAAGAGCCAAAGGAAGAAGUCCAAACUGUUGAAACGGUUGUACCAGAAAAGGUUGAAACUCCAUGUGUUGAGGAACCAAUUACAGGGACCAAGCAGGCUGCAGCUGCUCCAAAAUCAAGGAAAGGAGGGUGCAAAGCAAAACAAGAUGUUAAAGUUGAAACCCUUGUCGAAUCCACUGAGAUACAAGAGGUUCCUGCUGUCAUCACAACAGAAAAACCUAAACGAGGCAGAAGAGGAAAACAGGCAGCAGAAGAGGCUGAGGUUGCUGCUGUGGUACCAGAGGAAAAACCUAGUGAGGAACCAGAGAUGGAGGAGAAGGAUAAUGCAGAACCAGAGGCUCCGGUCCUUAAACCCAGCCGGGGGAGGGUGCAGAAAACUUCAAUGAAAAAUGACAUUUCAAAGGCUGUUCCUGCAAAGAGAGGCAGGCGAGGUGCUGCUGCUCCAGUUAAGGAGACGGUCUCAGAAUCUGCAGACACAGUUUCACAGGCUACAGGUACUUCAGUGGAGCCAGCAAAAAGAGGGAGACGAACAGCAGCAAAACCCACGACAGACGACUCCCUGGAGACCAGCAAACUGGUAACUCCUGCUGAAGAAUCUACCGUGGAAGACACUAAAGUCUCAAAAAGAUCUGUGAAGUGGAAACCAGACUUGGAGGUCAUUGAAAUUCCAAAAGAAACACCCGUUAAAGCAGUGCGAGGAAGAAAGUCAAAACUUGAUCGAGUUGAUGCUGAGAACAAAAAUGAGUCAAAGGAUGCAAAAAAACCUGAAGAGAAGCAUCUCUCAGAUGAAGUCAUCGAAGCUCAGCCUGCAAAAAGAGCCAGACGAGGGGUAAAAGUGGUAGACGUGACCACUGAAGAAGCAGAAUCCUCUGAGGUACAGCCUAAAACCCGAAGAGGGAGACAAGCAAAGAAAUAAAAGCUUCUGUAUAUAGUCUUAAUCUUAACUUUUUUCCAUUUUAUCGUUCAGGUUUUAUGUUGAGUGGCAUUUUUAUAGAGUAGAUUCAUGAACUGAAAAUGAAGCACUGCUUUUUUUUCUAUACAGCAGGGAAUCUUGUUUAACAUUUAUGUUGUGACAAGUUGUACGUUAUUCAUUACUUCAAUGCUUUGCAAAGAUUUUUAUGGCUAAAAAACUUGGAUAUUAAAUUUUUUUGUACAAUGGAAAACUUUGUCUGAUUUGUUUU